AUGUCGCGCAAACGCCGCAAUACUUCAUCGCCCGAGCUGGACGAUUCGCCGCCCUCACCUAAGCGGCGCAACAUCCCUGUCGCCCAUCUCAACUACGAGUCUGAAGGAGAAAGCCAUGAGACCCCUCGUUUUGACGAACGCGUUGGGCAGACCGGCGCAUUCCCUGGGCUUGGAGCUGAUGAUGAUGAGCUCUUCUACGGCCCUGCUAGUGAUGGGAUCGACUAUUUGAGGAUGGUGCGGUCUGAGGCCAAGCACGUCCCGCACAUCUUGACAGCACCGGGAGCAUAUGCGCAGCAAGAGCUUGACCAAGAAGAUGGGAAGACGGGCGCUGGAGGAUAUUACUACGACGGUGCAUUUGCUGCAACCCACGACAGAUCUUCAGCUGCUGAGCCUGCCUCAUCUCUUCCACCCGCGCAGACACGAUACUACGAUGCUCUCCUGGCGCAAUUCAACCUCGUCCGAAAAACCCUGCGAUGUUCCCCUCCAUUAUCAGCGGUACACAAACUCCGGCCGGACCAAUUCAUAUCGUUUCCGGAAAAUACGACCAAGGUCCGGGCGCAGUGGGUGGACCACAUACUUUCGACAGAUCCUCAUCCUGUUCAGCUGGCAUGCAUGGACUCGAACACAGUGGUGGAACUAGUCAGGUUCCUCGGGAUGGAGCUGGAGAAGAUGCUGCGGCUGGAAGAUCAAACCAAGGUAGCACGGGUUGGUGCUUGGGUAUGGGCAAUCCUGAGCAAGUGCCGUGAUCGAGGGGAACUGUCAAGCGAGGAGGUAGGAGACUUGAGGCAGCUGGCGCAGGUAGCCCUGCGGUCGAAAGGGGAGGACCAUCUUCCGGUGGAGGUAGAUAUUGACGACGAAGAUGGGAUGGUAGGCGGAACAGUGCCCUCAGAUCAGUCUGCUGAGAACGGCGCAACCGAGCCCACGGCGAGCCAUGCAGAAGCAGGGGUGCCGGUGACGCAAAAGCCGGAUGAAAGUGGUAUGAGGCGGCAGAAGUUGCUAAGCAGGACGUUGGACAUGAUAGUUACGAUCGUGGGCGAGGUUUAUGGCCAAAGAGACCUGCUGGAUGCUCGGACGAAAUGGCUUCAUGGGGGCAGUGAGAUGAAGACAAGUGACCUGUGA